AUGUCCAGAGGAAAAGUAGGCACCGGACGCCUCAAGCCAAUCUUCAGAGGGCUCAACAUCGCCCUAUCCGGGACCUUUGACGGUCAAUGGACAGACUCAAAGAUUUCCCACUGGGUCAAUCUCCGAGCCGGCACGUUUAGCCGGCAGAUGAGCGAGGCCGUGACACAUUUUAUCUGCACGAAGGAGGAAUUCGACAAGAAGGGGUCCAAAGUCAAAUCAGCACUUGCACGCGCGUACAAAAAGGACAAGAAAUGCUUCAUCGUCUCCUUUGACUGGCUUGAGGAUUCGUUGUUCGGAAACAAGCGGCUGCCCGAGGACGACUACUCACAUGUAGCGUCGCUCAAGGCCUUGCGGGAGAAGGCAAGGUUGGAGAGGAAGAUUGCGAAGGGGGUCGAGGAGGAGGAUAGGGCUGUGAAUGAGAACUUCUACCACGUCUACUGGGAUCCCACCGACCUCUUCCAGUAUAACAUCACCCUUCUCCGAGAUGAUCAGGAGAUGGGUAUUCUGGGGGAGAGAUACGUGGUCAAGCUGCACGAAUCCAACGCCCUCCCUCAUCUCUACCAAGUAGCUGUCAGAUACUACAAAAGCAAGAAGGACACCAUUCCGAAGCUGCACCGACUGUCCGAAACCCCGGGUGACUUUCAGCGGGAAUACGACUCGUUCAAACGCUUCUUCGAGAUCAAAGUCGGGUAUCCGUGGGACGAGAGACUGGUCAGGGGCGUGGGAAGUUUGGGGGCAAAGUUCUUUUCUUAUCAGCCACCGACGGGUGGAAAGCCAGUUGGCUGGGUCCCAAAGGAAUACAUCCCAAAGGAGGAGCCAACUCCGGCCUCUGAAGCUCAAGUCAACAACACCAGCUCGGAGUCUAUUGUGUCGAGUCACCAAUCCGUCUUGGUGCCAUCCAGGUCCGAAGCUGAGGUUAACGCCGGCUCGGAAUCUAUGCCCAGCGCUCAACCUACACCUACUUUGGUGCCCAACUCUGAAGUUCCCCCUACUCAAGAGAGUGUACCUACCACUUCCUCCUCGCAGAUUGGAUGUCACGAUCAAACGCAUCAGAACAAUCAACAUCAGCAGCAAGAUGAAACCCAAGUCGCCAUGUCUUCAGAUUCGCCCCAGCAUGACACACAUGAGGAGGGUUUGGAGACAGCAACGGAAGAUGCACAGCUCACUGAAGAUGCAAAAGCCACCAACGGAGAAGACGCAACGGUCAUCGGAAUGCCAGUGGUGGAUGGUCAGACACUGAUCAUCUAG